UCAAAUUUCAAUAUGGCGGACGAAAUGGUGUUUUGAAUGAUUUGUSUUCUCCUUGAAUCAAAUAAAUAAUAUGCCUCGUGGAGUUAAAGUUGAGCGUCCUGUAUCUACCGAGACUGUAGAGCAUGCAGUUCAAGCAUCAACCUUACUUGUCCUUCAUCCAGGAUCCACAACAAUGUGGCUUGGCCGUGCUACUGAUCAUCUACCAAAGAGCUACCCGCAUGUUAUUGCGUGGCGAAAGCCUCAUYAUUGUAAUAUUCCACCUUCUUGUGAUGGUAUGUUGGAAAGAGAAGGUAUUUAYCAUCCAGACAGUGAAACACAAAGGGAACUUGCGUUGAGUGUUGUAGAACAAGCCAUUUGGUCAAGAAAUUCAAGUCUAGGGACAAGUCGUAGUAAGACGCAGAUAUCUGCUAGUCAGAUUGCACAGUUUAAUGGCAAUAUUGAGCCUGACAUGUUAGACAAAGAGGAUUGCUCUGUAGAAUGGACUGAUGUCAGCUCACAGCCGAAGUUUGUAACUGGAGAACAGGUAAAUGGAAGUUUUGAUUUUAAUUUUAUCUGUNAUUGUAAUAUUCCACCUUCUUGUGAUGGUAUGUUGGAAAGAGAAGGUAUUUAUCAUCCAGACAGUGAAACACAAAGGGAACUUGCGUUGAGUGUUGUAGAACAAGCCAUUUGGUCAAGAAAUUCAAGUCUAGGGACAAGUCGUAGUAAGACGCAGAUAUCUGCUAGUCAGAUUGCACAGUUUAAUGGCAAUAUUGAGCCUGACAUGUUAGACAAAGAGGAUUGCUCUGUAGAAUGGACUGAUGUCAGCUCACAGCCGAAGUUUGUAACUGGAGAACAGGCCCUUUAUAUAGACCCUAAAGAGCCCUACAUGAUACACUGGCCCAUCAAACAAGGAUGCYUGAACAUACACAAUGGGGUUGGUGGCUCACUGACGGCAAUCAGUGAAGAUCUUGAGAGAAUAUGGGCAAAUGCAAUAAAAGCAACUUUGGACAUUUCAUUAAGCGAUUUAUCUCUUUAUAGGGCAGUACUUGUGAUUCCUGACUCAUUUAACAAGAAUCAUAUCAAGGAAAUGAUGGAUAUUCUUAUUAACAGAUUAAAGUUUUCUUCAGCCAUCAUACAGAAGGAAUCUGUCUGCUCUACAUUCGGAUGUGGUUUGAGUACUGCAUGUGUAGUGGAUGUUGGUGAUGAGAAAACAAGCCUUUGUUGUGUUGAAGAUGGACUUGUCAUUCCAAAUACCAAAUUAUGGCUACGUUAUGGUGGAAGAGAUAUAACUCGUUGUUUCUUCUGGCUACUCAAAAAGGUUAACUUCCCAUACAAGGAAUGUGACUUGAAGAGCAAUCUUGACACAUUUAUGCUCACUGAACUCAAAGAAACUUUCUGCCAUCUUAGUCCUGAUAUAGUUGGUGGCCAAGUGCAUGAAUUUCAGGUCCACCAUCCCAACAGGGCACCUUUGUCUUUCAACCUUAAGAUUGGAAAUGAAGCAAUGCAGGCUCCCAUGGCAAUGUUCUUCCCUCAACUUUUCGGCAUUGUUGGUCAACAAUUGGUAGCUACAGCUGAUGUUCCAUACGAUGACCCUGAAGACCUUCUUGAUGACCGUUAUUUACUUGAGUCUCAACGAGGAGAUCAAUCAAGCAAAAAGACUACAGCAGCAAGUGAUGUUGCCAGUGAAGCUGAUCAAGAUACAGUUUCUCCUGCCAUCCCUGGAAAUAGAAAACGACCACUUACUGAAACAAUAGAAAAGAUGCUGGCACUUGACCAGGCUGUUAUACAAAGCAUUGAAUGUUGUCCAAGUGAAGACACUAAACGUAAAAUGUACGGUAAUAUUUUGUUAGUCGGUGGUGGUUUUAGCUUUAAUGGUGCUGCAGCUAUGUUACAAGCACGAGUACAAGCCAAGUUACCGACCUAUCUGCGCAAACUCAUUGAUCAGGUUGAGGUGAUUGCUAGACCAAAGGAGAUGGAUCCUCGUAUAGUGGUGUGGAAAGGUGGCGCUGUGUUAAGUAUCUUAGAUUCAGUCCAAGAGCUAUGGAUUACCGAGCAAGAAUGGAAUAUGAUAGGAAUACGUGCUCUAAGAGAAAAGUCAUUGUUUGUGUGGUCUUCUAUUUCUCAACGAGGAGAUCAAUCAAGCAAAAAGACUACAGCAGCAAGUGAUGUUGCCAGUGAAGCUGAUCAAGAUACAGUUUCUCCUGCCAUCCCUGGAAAUAGAAAACGACCACUUACUGAAACAAUAGAAAAAAUGCUGGCACUUGACCAGGCUGUUAUACAAAGCAUUGAAUGUUGUCCAAGUGAAGACACUAAACGUAAAAUGUACGGUAAUAUUUUGUUAGUCGGUGGUGGUUUUAGCUUUAAUGGUGCUGCAGCUAUGUUACAAGCACGAGUACAAGCCAAGUUACCGACCUAUCUGCGCAAACUCAUUGAUCAGGUUGAGGUGAUUGCUAGACCAAAGGAGAUGGAUCCUCGUAUAGUGGUGUGGAAAGGUGGCGCUGUGUUAAGUAUCUUAGAUUCAGUCCAAGAGCUAUGGAUUACCGAGCAAGAAUGGAAUAUGAUAGGAAUACGUGCUCUAAGAGAAAAGUCAUUGUUUGUGUGGUCUUCUAUUUAAAGAUGUCUUAGUAAAAWCCCUGAAUGGCUUAACAAGUCCAACUCAUGAACAGCGUCAACGCUCUCCUUACUGACGCGCACAUCAAAAGAAAUUGGAACAAAGAAGUUAGUGGAUCKAAUUUCCGCCAUUACUAAUAACUAAAGGCAAUAAGUUGCGAAAGGAAAGAUGUAGAUAAAGCUGGAGAAACUCACAGUAUCACGGAACAGAGACUAUAAUUGACACAAAAAGUGUAUUGUAUAUAAUGUCACAGUUCUUUUGAGAGUAGUAAAAUUCUAUAUAUCUCUUCCAU